AUGUCCCUCGAGGACCUGAAUGCAAUCCUUACUCUAACCUUAAUCAUUUCUACCUUCUCUUCUGCAUAUUUCAUUGCGAAUCUAAUUGAUUUGAAGAAAGAAUUGGACCAGGAGUUGGUGAAUUGGUCGACCGAGGUCGAGGGUUUUAAGCUAAGCACUGAUAGGUCUUGGGAUGCCCUGGUUCAUUUGCAAACUGGAUUUGAGGAAAGUCCGCUGCGGAGGAGAAGCUACCCGGUUGGUGUCAGUGUGAACCGACACGCCCGCGCUGCCCUCCAGGACCUUCCGGGCCACCAGGAAGGCCAGGGGCUCCUGGAGUACCUGGUUCUCAUGGUCAACCAGGUCGUGACAAUCACCAGAGUUUCCCGGCAGCUCCUUGUGCCCCACGAGCUCGAGGUUGCAUCCGGUGUCCAACAGGAUUGGGAGAAGAUGGUUGGCCCGGUGAACGAGGUGAUGCCUCUGGGCCCGGUUUCGAUGCUGGAUAUUGUCCCUGUCCUCCUCGGAGCCGUCGGGCAGUUUCACAUGAAUUUGACCGACCCAUUUCCGCUAAUCCAUGACUUCAACACAACAUUCCAACCAAAAUCCAAAAUUUUAUGGAUUUCGGAUCUGGUUAUGACAAAUCCAAGGGAUAAAAAUAACGAGCAUGAUGUCCUGUAUUCAAUGUCAAUAUGGAACGGCUGGCUCAAAGUUAUGCUAAUUGCUAUCGCUUUCCUUAAUUUAAUCUUCAACUUUGCCUGGUUCAUUUGCAUCGUGAUCAAUUAUUUGCUGAAGCUGGAGGCCGAGGGGACGCUCAUUGAUGAUAUUGACAAACAAUUUGGAGAGAUUAUUUGGGAAAUAUUGGGGCAUCAAUGUAUCGAUUCGUUGUUGGCGAUACAGGCGAUAUAUUUGUUGGGGUUAAGCCUGGAUCGAUAUAUGAAUUUGUUCGUGGAUUAUUCUCCGUAUUUGAAUGGGUGUUGCGAGAUGCUAAUGAUAUUUGCGGUCCCAUUUUUGCUGGGAAUCGUUUUGUUCGACCAUCGAUGGGCUGAGCUGUUGGUGCCAAGAGCAAGCGCUGUUUUUGCAAGAUUAUGCACCUUACUUCUACCACAUCUACUUUCCUUUGUAUUACUUCUUGUCUCUUCCCUACGACCUCCACCAAUAUUUGAUUAUGAACCCAGAAUGGCCUCUUCAUUAGCAAAAUCACUCCCAGUUGUACUUUUCAUCGUCGUGACCACAGAUUUAUUCGCUAGAAUCGGCAUUUUCUUUGAGUUACUUGAGCUCAAUUAUGGUUUUAUUAUCGUUAUUGGCAGCGAGCCGGCCGAUUAUUAUUUGGGCGAAAUGUUUAAAUGCUGGUAUCAGCUCUCCCAUAUCCUGAUCCACUGUUUCCCCUUGUAUUUCGCGGUGUCGAUGUUGAUUUUUGUGCGGCACUAUCGGCAACUAUUUGCUCGAAUACUACCGGGCUGCUGUUGCGGUGGGAAAAGUGAAAAGGUGGACUACAGUUCCGAGACGAUACGCUCGAUUAUGGCGGAGCAGAGGAAAAGGCGCAUGCUUCAGACUUCGAUGCAU